AUGUCUCAAUCAUUCUAAGGAGCACAGCCUAAAGUUGUAAGAAACAAGCAAAAGUUCAAGGAAACUUAUCAGUCAAAUAUCGUUAUCACUGAGGAACUCGAUGAUGGCUCCAACCCUCUCAACAUUAUGUACGAUAAGAGAGUGUUUAGAGGAAACACUCACAAUAUGAAUAUUCUAAAAUAAAAUAUGACUCCUGCUUAAAAAGAAGAGGAAAGAAUCAAAAUGGAGAGAGAUAGAAAGAAAGUUGAGAUGAUCAAGACUUAACUCAUCGAGUUCAAAAAAGCAAAGAAUAAGACUUCACCAUAUGACUUAAGACCAGGUCCACCAGCAAGAAUUGAAGUAGACUUGACCUAUUUCUUGACAGAGCAGGGAAAGCAACGACCAGAUGAAAUAGAAGUUAAGAUUCAAACUGACGAUUUUUAAGCUAAGCCACCUACACCUCCUUAUAUUCCUAAAAAGACUGGAAUUGAUAAGAUUACAUAAAUUGAGGAUUACGAUCUAUUUGAUUAUGAUAGAGAAGUCUAGCCGAUUCUAAAUGUACUUCUAACAAAGUCAGUUGAGUAGGCUAUCUUAGAAGUAGAAGAAGAAACCGAAAUUGAAGAGAUUAGAAAGUUCAAGAAUGAAUGUGGUAAGAGGAAAUAGGGAGAGAGAGAAGAUUGGGAGCAAGAAGUGAAAAAGGAAAUUGCCAGAAUUAAGCAAAAGAAUAAGGCUUUGAAUAUUGCAAGAAUUAAGAGAGAUUAGCAAAUUAAGACUAUGCAUAAGUUAUAAUGCUUGAACAUUGCUAAAAAUUAUCUCUAAAAUACCUUUAGCAACUCAAUGCAAUAUCUAGCUGAUAAUAACUACUGGAGGAACAAAUUCUAAGAUUAACUUCAAGUUAUCUACAAAGAAUGGCUUUUCAAAAAGAUUGACGAAGAGUCCUAAAAGACUUCAAAGGCUAGUGAUUUCUAAGAUGGUAUCUUAAAUGAAUAAGUUACAGAUAUUGGAAAAUAAAAGGAACCUAUUAAAAAGUAAAUCUAAUCAAACAUCUAGAGAAAGGAAAAAGUUAGAUAAAUUGAGAGUAAAGAACGAAGAACAGUUCAUUUCAUUUUUAACACUGGUGUUUCUUGCAAAUCAACUCCAUUUGCCAGAAAAUAUGCGAAAUUGUUGGAAGGAACUUUAAAAGAAUUCGAAGAUGAGGAAAGAGAUAGGUUUGUCUAAUUUAUCGAGAAAUUUGAGAAUGAAGAUUUAGAUGAUGGAGAGAAAAAUCCCAUUAUUUAUGAAGAUAUUCCCUACUUUACUCUUGAACUAACAAGUUUAAAUAGAAUCGCUUUCUCAAUUGCUGAUGAUCCAUUCUACAAAUCUUUGAGAAGCAAAUUCUACCCAGAGUUGAUCGUUACUAAUAUAAAAGGUAAAAUAUUAGCUAGAAUUAACCCAGAAAAUCCCAAAUCAGAGAAAUAUGGACUCGAGUAUCUUGAUGAUUUUAGAGAGCCUAAUCUAAAGCUUAAUGAUGACAAGAAAGUUAGAAUCGUUCUAUCUCAAAUGAAGAAACCUGGUACAAUGAUACUAUUUACAGUCAAAACUUUUGAUUUAAGAAAAAGUCCUCCUAAAGACGGUGAGUUUGAUAGAGCUUGGUUUAGAUUGACUAAUGAGGAUACAAACUAAACAAUAGACUAUAAGAAAAUAAAGGAAAUUGAUAAGCCAGAGGGUUUUGACGAGGAUGCACCAAUAGAGGAUGAGAAUGAAGAUCCAGCUGCCAAACCAUUUAUCACAUAUGUUGCAGGUAGAAUUUUCAUGGAUACUAAUGGUAGAUGGGUUUAUGAAAGUUACAACCACUGUUUCACCUCAGAUAAAUAUCCAGAUCUAGUCGAAAAUCUAGUAGAUAUGUAUAAGAGAAGUGAGGAAGAGAUAAGAUUCUAGGCUGAUGAGAUAUAAAGAGCAAAGGAAAAGAUUGCUGCUAAUGAAGAAGAAAGAAGAUAAGCCGCAAAAUUAGCUGCUGCAAAGAAGAAGAAAGCAGGUAAUAAAAAAGAUCAAAAGGAGGAAGAAGAGGAAAAGAAAGAAGAAAAACCUCCAGCACCAGUUAAAAAAGAUCUAGAUCUUUUUGUUCCAAAUGAGUUCGGAUUAGCUGUAAAAGAGAAAAUAGCCAGACCAUUUGUCUUUGGGCCUAUCGAAUUUACUGGAUUAAAUCUUACUGAUGAUCAAGAACCCUUUAGACAUGAUUAAAUCCGUAGAUUUAUUAUAGAGACUCUAGAAAAAACUCCAUACAUGCCCGAGAAUAUUUGUAUACAUGGCUUCAAAGUUACUAUUAAAAAGAAAACUUUAAAGAGAAGAAACACUAUCGUUAAGCACUCAAGAUUCCUUAGAAACUUAGAGGUAUAUCCAGUUUUCCCACCAGAGCCCGAGUCAUUAAUUGCUGAUCCUGAGAACUCUGGAGCUAAAGAAGAGGAAGAUGAAAAUUGA